CAGUGUUCUCAGGUCUGUUUUGCUUGAUGUAAAUCUGUUAGGCUUUUCAACAAAAGUUCCAUCCGGGGACGACAUGGAUGCCUCCGAGCAGGAUGAUGACCCAGAAACAAAGAAAGAAGAUGACUCCUCUAUUGCUUCUGUGUCCAGCGCUCCUGGAGCAAGUAUUUUUCUGAUAAACGGAUCAGACCCAGAGCAGAUUGGCAGCCCUCAUCCUGGGACUGGUCAGGAAAGUCAUGCACAAUCUUGCCCGCCAUCACCACCAGCAGGGUCAUCGAGAGACAACACAGAAGAUGUUGGUUGCAGGUCCCAACCUGGAACUCGUACUGAGGACAGUCUGGCACAAUCCAGCUCACCAUCACCAGGUCCAUCUGAGGAAGACAUGGAUGCUUCUGAGCAGGAUGAUGACCCAGAAACAAAGAAGGAAGAUGACUCCUCACUGGCUGCUGUGUCCAGCGCUGCUGGAGCAAGUAUUUUUCAGUUGGGAAUGAAAAGACUGGGUGAGAUGGUUUCCAACUAUUUCAUGAGAAACACAUCAGACCCAGAGCACAUUGGCAGCCCUAAUCCUGGGACUGGUCAGGAAUGUCAGGGACAAUCCUGCCCCCCAUCACCAACACCACCAGCAGGUUCAUUGAGAGACAACAUAGAAGAUGUAGGUUGCGGGUCCCGACCUGGAACUCGUACUGUGGACAGUCUGGCAAAACACAGCUCACCAUCACCAGUUCCAUCUGGGGACGACAUGGAUGCCUCUGAGCAGGAUGAUGACCCAGAAACAAAGAAAGAAGAUGACUCCUCUAUUGCUUCUGUGUCCAGCGCUGCUGGGGCAAGUAUUUUCCAGAUAAAAAGAUCAGACUCAGAGCAGAUUGGCAGCCCUCAUCCUGGGACUGGUCAGGAAAGUCAUGCACAAUCUUGCCCGCCAUCACCAACACCACCAGCAAGUUCAUCGAGAGACAGCAGAGAAGAUUUAGGUUGCGGGUCCCAACCUGGAACUCGUACUGAGGACAGUCUGGCACAACACAGCUCACCAUCACCAGUUCCAUCUGAGGAAGACAUGGAUGCUUCUGAGCAGGAUGAUGACCCAGAAACAAAGAAGGAAGAUGACUCCUCACUUGCUGCUGUGUCCAGCACCUCUUUAGCACCUCCAACAGGGCCCAGUGUCCUGUUUGACUUCCUCUCCAACCUUGGACUACAGAAUUAUGAUACAAACAAAUUGACCCUUGAGCCUCUGUUGGAAGUCAACAUAAGAAGCCUAUCCGAAAAGGCCGUUUUAUCAGAGGAUGAAAUACCAUUUGAUUUCCUAAGCAAACUGUUCAAACUCAAUCCUGAGUGCAGAAAAUGUACAAAGGGGCGAAGUAAUCAUGGAACGACCGAAGCCACUCUUGACCAACUGGACAUUUACACUGCACCUGACUCAGUUCAUCCUCUUGACCUUAUAGUAGGUCUAUUUCUUUGCGCUGACACCUUCUUGCGACAGGAAAUGGCUCUUAAGAUGUCAUCAUGUCAGUUUUCUGUCCCACUGUUGUUGCCCCACUGCAACAACAAUCAAUCUACUCUGAUGUUAUGGACACUAAGAGAAAUUGUAAAAGAGUGGUGUCCACAUGAGUUGUCUCAGACAAGAGGAUUUGCGGAAAACAACAUUGUCCAAGAAGCGAUGCCAUUUUUUUCCUUUGUGAGGCUGAAAAACUGCAGUUUAUCCAAAUCUCAGUUCUUAAAUCACAUUCUCGGCAGUGGCCAACAGAAUCACAACAUGUUCAUACACAGAGACAUGGAAGGAGGGGCACAGAGAAGAAAAAUUGCAAAUACAUUGGUGGAGGUUGGCUGGUUCCUUCCUUGUGGGAGAGAAAAUAUUGACAUAUUCCCAGAGCCGAUUGCAUUCGCAAAUUUGAGAGGUGAUAUUUGUGAGUCGCUCACACAGUUUAGCUUCCUUUAUGAAGUGUCCAAUGCAAUCUUUGUUUUCUUGGACAAAGUUGAAGAAAAGGAGCAUCAAAUUCUGACAGCUCUUAAAGAUGCAAAAUCAAAACUCCAUUUUGUUGUUAAUCUCAAAGACAGAGCCUCUGCGGACAUAACGUCUGUCAAAAACACAGUGCAAGAACUGGCUUUACCAAACAGCAGCAUUAAAAUCAAAGACUCCAGGGAAAAUAUAGCUGAGUUUUCUCAGAAACUUUGUGCAACCAUCAAGAACUCACUGCACGAUGUGAAAAAAAAAUUGAGUAUUGAAAAUAUGUGCACAAAAGCAAUCGAACUAGGGCUGUCAGUGGAUGAAAACAUAACUCUUAACCAGAAAAGACCUGCUGAACAUAUCAUGAAGAGUAUUCGCGCACAACCUAUACAAGUUUGCAAAAAACAACAACUUCCUUUGCAGGGAGAAACUUGGAAGAAGUUAUCACAACUGGAGAAGAAGGAAUGUAGAAUGAAAGAUGUUGGCACAGGUGGCGGCGAGCAUUACAAAUCUCAGCUACAGAUAGAGAGAAAAAAGCUUUGGGAAGAGCAAAACAAGAAAAAACGGUCAAAAGGAAUGCAAGAUUUUAUUGACACCUUAGCAAAAAGCGACAAAGAAGGAAGACACUACUUCUUAAAAUGGAUGAAAUUUAUGUUAAAUACUCACUCUCGUGACACACUUACUGCGCUGCAAAACCAGUUCAAAGAGCAAUGCAAAAAUAAGGCUGUCCAACUAGAUUUGUUGGAAAGCUCUUUAGGAGUUGAGCAUUACAUGAGAGAAAUGGGACUUAACUAUGAGGUUUCCAAGCAGUUAGAUGAAGGUGACGAUACAUUGUCCUAUUUGCCUUCUGUAGCUGCUGAAAUGCUGCUUGAUGGAUAUCCAUUGGAGCUUUUGGAUGGAGAUGCUUCAAACAUCCCAGAGAAGUGGGUGACAGCCGUUUUAAUGGAGCUUCACAAGAAGGUCGGUGGCAAAAGCAGGCUGCUUGCGAUAUCUGUGUUGGGUGUUCAAAGUUCUGGAAAAUCAACACUUCUCAACACCAUGUUUGGUGUUCAGUUUCCAGUCAGCAGUGGCAGAUGCACAAGAGGCGCCUACAUGUUAUUCCUCAAAGUUGGAGAUGAUACCAAAGAGAAAUUGGGUUGCGACUUCAUUCUCCUCAUUGAUACUGAAGGUCUGAAAUCCCCUAAACUUGCACAACUAGAAGAUAGUUACGAGCAUGACAACCAGCUGGCGACCUUCGUCAUCGGAUUAAGUGAUGUCACCAUUGUAAACAUUGCAAUGGAGAAUGCAACGGAAAUGAAAGAUGUCCUGCAGAUUGCUGUCCAUGCUUUCUUGCGAAUGAAACAAAUUGGGAAAAAAACAGUUUGUCAUUUUGUCCACCAAAAUGUUGCUGGAGUGUCUGCUCAUGACAAGACCUUGACAGAGAGACGCCAUCUAUUGGAUCAGCUCAAUGAAAUGACAAAAAUUGCAGCUGAAAUGGAGAAACAGUCUACAAUUCAAGCAUUUACGGAUGUGCUCGACUAUGACUUAGAAAACAACAACUGGAACAUUCCAGGACUUUGGCAUGGAACGCCUCCAAUGGCACCAGUCAACACCGGUUACAGUGAGGCUGUAGCAGACUUCAAGAAAAAUCUUCUGGAGACCUUGGGAAAAGAAAAGCGAAAUGGCGUCGGAAAUAUCCCAGAUUUUCUUGAAUGGAUGCGUAGUGUGUGGAAAUCAGUCAAAUAUGAGAAUUUCAUCUUUAGUUUCAGAAACACACUAGUGGCCCAUGCUUAUGACAACUUGUGUAAAGAGUUUAGCCAGUGGAGAUGGGAGAUGCGCAAAGAAAUCCUCAACUAUCAGAGAGGAGCAGAGUCAGAAAUCUUAAAUGCUAACAACGACGCUGAAUUGGACACAAUGAUCGAGAAGAAGAAAUCAGAACUAACUGAGGAAAUUAAAAAGCAGAAAAGCAAAUUGAAUGAGAAGCUGACAAACUAUUACAGAAGGACAGACAUACAUGUCAAUUUGAUUGAAAAAUACAGAGGCGACUUUUUCAGUACUAUCAGCAGUCUGUCAAAUGAGAUUCAAUCUUCAGUGAAAACUGAAUUGGACAGAACCCUUGAACGCAAAAUUGGCUUGCAAAAGGCGCAGGAUAUACAACAGAAUCACCGUGGUAUGAUUGAAGAAAGAGUCAUGAAACUUCUUCAUAACUUUAAAGACUUGAGCCUGUCUGAUGACCAACUGAGAAAGGAGUUUGAGAAAAUGUGGAAUGCAGCUACUGCCAAUAUACCCAGUCUGAAAGAACAAGAUAUACCUACAAAAAUUUUGAGCCAACUAAUGGAAAAUUUCUUGAAUCGCAGCGUGAAUGAAAACUUAGCCUAUAAUAAAAGCCUUACGGAUUUUGGAAUGGGACCAUUUGAGACCAGAAUGGAACAUCGAUCCAUACUUAAGAUAAUUAAGAAUUACUUCACAGGAAAAACAGACAUUUAUGCAAACGGUAUCAUCGAAUCAUCCACCCAAUAUGUUUUUGAUACAUGUAAGUCACAUGGUGACUACCAUGAUUCUUUCACAAGGGAUCUGCUACACAUGAUUGAUAAAAAGCUGAGUGAAGGUUCCAAGCGUCAUCAAACCACAAGUAAGUUCGAGAUCGACAUCAAACUUCAUAUUUGUGGCAUUGCUGCUAGAGAAUUCCUGAAGAUGCACCAAAGGUUCUUGUCAAAGAAUGACCCUCGAAAACAACUUGAAAUCUACAAGCAACAGUACUUGUCAGACUUUCUGGAUUUAUACAAGGAGACCGAUAAUUGCCAACGUAAAGCAAAGGCUUUUGUCCACCUUUGUAUCAAGCCAGCCAUUGUUAAAAACAUCAACGGAGCUUUGGGAAUUGACAUUGUGGACGACAUAUUGAAUAGCAGCCAUUCAAUAAACUACAGUUCACGCUCUUAUUUCCAAUACAACAUUCAGAAAGAGUUAUUGGAGAAAGAUGACUUCAAGACUUUUGUCAAGUACAUUUUGGACUAUGAAACAUAUGUUAAACAUCAGAUUUUUCUUCAAAUCUGUCAAAAAAUGGACAAGGACAACACAUUGUUCCAAUUAAAGAAGAAAAACUUGGAGGCUGUAAUUUCAAAAUUGAUCAAAGCAAUAAAUCAGGCCUCAAAUAUGGUACCAGAUGACGAUGUGAACAUUUCAAAUCUCGUCAAUGAGAUGCGCCAAUCUCUGGUUAAAGACAUUGUAAUAUCAGAGGAAGCACUAAAGAGCACUCUGUUUGAGAUCAAAAGCACAUGCCAUUCAUUUACACGAAGCUUUAUUGAGUCCUUGAAUGAAUUGAAAGAAACACUCCUUGAUAAAUUCUCCAAAACUCAAGAUGUAACUGAAACUCUAGAUCAACUCGCAAUAAAACCGCAGGAUGAGCUUUUCAAGCGAGUAGUCGGAUGUGGACACCAGUGCCCGUUUUGUCACGUUCCUUGUGAAGCGGGUAGCGACGUACACGAGAAACAUCACGCAGCUGUGCAUCGACCUCAGGCACUUGGAACAUACAGGAACACAGAAACUAAGAUACUUGUUGAAAUUCUGUGCACGACUAAUGUGCAGGGUAAUAGGUCAUUUAGAAGUAAAGAAACCAGUGAAAACUAUGUUCCUUACCGAGACUACCACCUCUACUAUCCUGACUGGCACAUUCCCCCAGACCCGACAAUGGAAGCGUCUGAUUACUGGAAAUACGUACUGGUGCGCUACAAUGACCAAUUUGCAAAAGAGUAUGAUGCCAAGCCAGCCAAUGUUCCAGGGCCCUGGAAGAAAAUCACAAAGGAUCAAGCGCUGAAGGGUUUGAAGGAUGCUUUUAAUGUAAAAUAAUGUAAAGUGGAGUGUGUCACCUUGUGAGGAAAAAGGAUAUGAAGAGAGCCCUGUUGAAGAAGAAAAUAAUUUUCUUCGCGACGUUCUUUUUUAAUGACCUUGCUUCAAAGAAGAAGCUGAUAGCUGCAUUACUUUAUCCAAAUAAAGUCUGACAUAUGAUAUAGAAAUGAAUGUAUCACUCAAAUGAACAAAUAUAUAGGAAUAAGUAUUUCUUCAAAUAUUACAAAAAAGAAAAAAAAAACAUUGAACAGAAGAGACUAUUUGCUAAUCAACUGUGAGGGAUGUAAUUGACAUUGAUCAUGAACUAUUUUACACAGUGUUAAUCACUUGAAGAUGUGUUAUUUGUUUGAUAUCACAAUGAAUGGAUCAAAUGAGAUACUGUAUACAUCAAUAAAAAUAAGGCACUGUAAAUAUAUUUGGUAUUUGAGUACCUUUACUUCACUUAGUACUUUUAGCAAUGUCAACUAUUUCCUGAA